AGCGGUGCGAGCGGCCCGAGGCGGAGGCGCGGGCGCGAUGGCGCGGGGCGCGGGGGGUGCGCUGCUGCUUCUCCUGAUCUGCUUUAACUUUGGAAAUGGACUCCAUUUAGAGGUUUCACAUUCAAGAAGUGAGAAUGAGCAGCUUCCUAAACAUACUCACCUAGUGAGGCAAAAGCGUGCCUGGAUCACGGCCCCCGUGGCUCUUCGAGAGGGAGAGGAUCUGUCCAGAAAGAAUCCAAUCGCCAAGAUCCACUCUGAUCUUGCAGAAGAAAAAGGACUAAAAAUCACAUACAAGUACACUGGAAAAGGGAUCACAGAGCCGCCUUUUGGUGUGUUUGUCUAUAACAAAGACACCGGAGAGUUGAACGUUACCAGCAUCCUUGACCGAGAAGAAACACCAUUUUUUCUGCUAAUUGGUUACGCUCUGGACGAGAAAGGAAGCAACCUAGAGAAGCCCAUAGAACUCCGCGUUAAGGUCCUUGACAUCAACGACAACGAGCCCGUGUUCACGCAGGAUGUCUUUGUUGGGUCCGUGGAAGAGUUGAGUGCGGCAAAUACACUUGUGAUGAAAAUCAACGCGACAGAUGCAGAUGAGCCCAAUACUCUGAAUUCUAAAAUUUCAUAUAGAAUCGUGUCUCAGGAGCCCGCUUACCCUCCGGUGUUCUACCUAAACAAAGAUACAGGAGAGAUUUAUACAACCAGUAUCACCUUGGACAGAGAGGAGCACAGCAGCUACACGUUGAUAGUAGAAGCAAGAGAUGGCAAUGGACAGAUAACAGAUAAACCCGUGAAACAAGCCCAAGUUCAGAUUCGUAUUCUGGACGUCAAUGACAACAUACCUGUGGUCGAAAAUAAAGUGUAUGAAGGGACAGUUGAAGAAAACCAAGCCAAUGUAGAAGUUAUACGCAUAAAAGUGUCUGACGCGGAUGAAGUAGGCUCUGACAACUGGUUAGCAAAUUUUACUUUUGCAUCAGGAAAUGAAGGCGGUUAUUUCCGCAUAGAAACUGAUACCCAAACUAACGAAGGAAUCGUGACCCUUAUUAAGGAAGUAGAUUAUGAAGAAAUGAAGAGUCUUAACUUCAGCAUUAUUGUCACUAAUAAAGCAGCUUUUCACAAAUCAGUGAAGAAUAAAUACAAGCCUACAGCCAUUCCCAUCAGAGUAAAAGUGACAAAUGUGAAAGAAGGCGUUUAUUUUAAAAGCAACACAAUCAGAUUUCACACUAGUGAGAGCAAGGAAAUAUCAAGCCAGAACCAAAUAAUGGGGAAAUUUCAAGCGUUUGAUGAAGACACUGGACAACUGGCCCGUGUGAAAUACGCCAAAUUCGAAGAUACAGACAAUUGGAUCUCCGUGGAUUCUGCCACAUCUGAGAUUAGACUUGUAAAAAUUCCUGAUCAUGAAUCCAGAUAUGUCCAAAAUGGUAGCUACACUGUAAAGAUUGUGGCUAUAACAGAAGAGUAUCCUAGAAAAACCAUCACUGGCACCAUUGCUAUCAUGGUUGAAGACAUCAAUGACAACUGCCCUACGCUGAUCGACCCAGUGCGGAGCGUCUGUGAUGACACACAGUAUGUGAACGUGACCGCAGAGGACCUGGACGGACCCCAGAACAGCUGGCCUUUCAGUUUCUCCGUCAUUGACAAGCCGGCCGGCAUGGCAGAGAAGUGGAGAAUAGUGCGCCAGGAAAGUACCAGUGCGCUGCUGCAACAAAACGAACAAAAGCUUGGGAGGAAUGAAAUCCACUUGCGGAUUGCAGAUAGUCAGGGCUUCAGCUGCCCUGAGAAGCAGAUCCUCACGCUCACAGUGUGUAAGUGCGUGGAAGGCAGUGGUUGUGCAGAAAUGUUGUCUGACUCCUACGUUGGCCUGGGACCUGCGGCUACUGCACUCAUAAUUUUUGCCCUUCUGCUCUUGUUACUGGUACCCCUUCUGCUGCUGAUGUGCCAUUGUGGGAAGGGCGCCAAAGGCUUCACCCCCAUCCCUGGUACCAUAGAGAUGCUGCAUCCGUGGAACAACGAAGGGGCACCCCCUGAAGACAAGGUGGUGCCUCCGCUUCUGACAGCAGAUCUCAGAGACGCGGCCGCAGCUGGCGCUGGAGCAGGAUGUGUGACAGCCAGGGAAGCCACCGUGAAAGGAAGUAGCUCGGCCUCCUUUACCAAAGGGCAGCAGGAGAUGUCCGAGGUGGACGGCCGGUGGGAGGAGCACAGAAGCCUUCUCUCCCGUGGGGCUACCCAGGUUACAGGGGCAACGGGCGCGCUGCUGAGCACUGGCUCCAUACGGACCACGAGAGCCAUGGGGGCUUCCAGAGAGAUGGCCGGAGCCCAAGCAGCUGCCUUAGCAGUGAACGAGGAAUUCUUAAGAAGUUAUUUCACUGAGAAAGCUGCCUCUUACACGGGGGAAGAUGACAUUCAGACGGCCAAAGACUGCCUUCUGGUUUAUUCUCAGGAAGAAACUGAAUCUCUCCAGGGUUCCAUUGGCUGUUGCAGUUUUAUUGAAGGGGAGCUAGAUGACCGCUUCUUAGAUGAUCUAGGACUUAAAUUCAAGACACUUGCUGAAGUUUGCUUGGGUCAGAAAAUAGAGAUGGAACCGGAAAUUGAGCUGAGGCCAAAACCCAGGAGAGAAACAAACGCGAAGGCAGCUUCAAGUGCAUUCUAUGAGCAAACUAGGGUCCACUCAGAGAAGGCACUUUCCUCCAGUGGCAGCUUUCAGGUUCCCACACCUCUGCAUGAGGCAAACACAGAGAAAGUAACUCAGGAAGUGGUCACUGAAAAGUCUGUGUCUUCUAGGCAGGGUCCAAAGGUAGCAGCUACACCACCUGAGGCACUGGCGGCUGGUAGCAGGAUAGUGACAGAAACGUCCUAUGCCACGGGCUCCAUGGUGCCACCAAGCACGGUGGUCCUGGGCCCCGGGCAGUCCCAGGGCCUGAUUGUGACGGAGCGGGUCUACACCCCGGCUUCUGCCCUGGUAGAGCAGCAGUACGCUAGGGAAGGUAACGUCCUGGUUACCGAGACAGUCCUCCAGCCUCACGGGGGGGUGUCCGGGCCUCUGGAAGGCACUCAGCAUCUGCCAGAUGCCCACUAUGUCAUGGUGAGGGAGAGAGAGCGCGUCCUCGCCCCCAGCCCGAGCGUGCAGCCCGCUCUGGCCGUGCCCAGUGCAGCCGUAGGACAGAACGUGACAGUGACCGAGAGAGUGCUGAUGCCUGCUUCCGCGCUGCAGUCUAGUUACCAUAUUCCUGCUGAAACCUCUGUAACGGGCACAAAGACUCUGGUUUCUGGAGCUGGAGUCCCAGGCCCUCUCCCAGACUUGGGCUUGGAGGAGUCUGCUCAUUCUAACCGUACCAUCACCACAUCUUCCACCCACAUCUCCAGGCAGAGCACGGUCCAGCACUCUUACUCCUAGACGGCGCUCAGCACACACCGGCCCAGAGUGGAGCCAGCCGGGGCUGAGGGCCUGCUUUCAGGGGACCUGGCUUUUCAUGAGCCUUACACACAUGAGAGGCACAUACACCUUGGGCUUAAAUUUUUCCUCCAUCACAAAUAUGCAGAGAACCUCACUGACUCAGCUUCUAGGCGUGCACUUCAGAAGAGCUCCAGGACUUCCUGAGGGCGUAAUGAUCAUGCUGUCUUAGGUGCCUUUUAGUGACUCAUGGCCAAACAGUACUCACAGAGCAAGUUAAACAGAGAGUAAAUCUGGCUUCUAAGAAUUUAUCAGAUGAACAGUGUCCAGUUCAUGAGCCGUCCAAUAGAGCCACCCACCAAACUGAGCGGGCCCCUCUGCACAGCGUUUAACGUUGCUGCUCCCUAUUCCAUGCUUUCCUGCACCCAGCAGAUUAUCAGCAACUUAUUUAUCCAAAGAUACAUGCACAGUCUGAGUAACCAGUUUUGCUUGUUUGGUUUCCUUAAGACUAGAGGCCCUCCAAUUCCUGUAAGAUUAAUUGAAUUUUGGAACACCGGCAUGGUGAGAGCACACACUGCAUGUUCCUGUGGGCGCGUGUGUGUCGUAUAGCCUUAAAAACAGCAUUAUACCUUCCCUUUGUCUCUCAGUAAUCAUGAAAAUAUUAAAUACUUCAAAUUCAGUAAGCUAAUCCAGGGCAACAUUCAUAAACAUAAAAUCACUUUAUUUUUUAUAGUAAUAAAAUAUACUAUUAAAAAAAAACUCAGGAUACAUUAUCUUCUAAAUUAGUACAGCUGAAUUAACUCUAUCCACUGUGGUAAGAACCAUGCCUGUUUCAUUGCCAUAUGUCCCCCAUGCCUAUUGUGGGUGGCAAAUCAGCAUUUGUAGAAUUAAACUGAAUUUUAGAAGCCACUCUUACCUAUAAUUGCAAAAAAUAUCGAAAGACCCUUUAACUUCUGUAAUUACGAGUUUGAAAUUACGAUUUAUUCCGUGUCUCAAAGUCAUUGGCUAGCUAGUCACGGCUUCCUACACGAGUGUUAAAUAUUAGAUAGCUGACCUGAACUUGUACCUCCUGCCCUUUUUUAAGAAGUGAUUUGGGUGUUUUGGCCAAAUAAAUAGAUUGUAUUUUUAUUGCUCCUUGAAGAAAUCAUCCAUCUCUAGUUUCAAAGUGUAAGUGCAUACCAGUAAUAAUUUAUUUCAAUAUUCUCUACAAUAAAAAAUGUCCAUAAAUUUUUUUAAAAGGCUGUAGUUUUGUGAAUUUUCAGGAUAUUUUACUAGGAAAAUGAAUCUCUAAAAAUUUAUUUUGUAUCACAUUUUUUAAAAAUAUUGUUGACUUUUGCAUUAUGCAAAAGAUUUUACAUAUUUUUACUCCCACUUUUGUAUAUAAGUAAAAGGCAAAUAUUUUUAGACACCACAAGUCUGUGGCCAAAAUGAAGGUCACUGUUCUGUGCUCUAAAUUGUUUACUCUCUACUUAGUCUUUGUUGUUGCUUUUUUUUUUUUUCACUAUAGACUUAGUAGUUAAUUUUUGCCAAGUCUGCAUCAGGAAUAUCACUAGUGUGUGAAAAUGGGGCUAUGACCUACGUGCUCCAAACCGACAAAACUUGGUCUUCAACUUCCUCCUUGGGUGGGUGUGAAAAAUCCUCACUUGUCUCCUGUAUGUAAAGUAAUCACAUUUUCUAAAUGGUUUUCUUUGUACGUGAAAGCAUGGUUUGUAUUAGUUACAUUUGUUCCAUGGGAGAAGCAUUAUAUUUGUACGUGUUAUCCUCAAAAUAUUUAAAUAAAAAGAUGACCUUUUGAGCAA